GAGAGGAAAGACGAAAAGCAUUUUCCUCAGUGUGAAUUGGACAGUAACAACAAAUAUAGCUGAAUUCUAUGCAUAUAUGAGUAGUAUUGGUUCGCUAAUAUUAUGACACGAUCAAAAUGGUUAAGCCUUCUUGCUAUAGCAUUUAUUUCGAUUGCAUUUAUGACAAAAGAAUGUGUGGGUCAAAGUGAAUCACUGUUACGUGUUGGAAAGGCAAUUAAUGUGUUUGUUCGUUACGGUUAUCUUUCCAUUUCAAUGAAAGUCAUAUCAUAUAAUGAUACUGAGAGGUGGAUCUUUAAGGAACCCACGAAGAACGUUUUCCAAGGCCUGUCAUUGGAUGAAAAAAUUGAAGAUAAUUCAAAGAACUUUAAUGGUGAUUUUCACAUGGAAUUUUGCGAUAACAAGCAACAAUUAUUUCAAGCAUACUUCCGUGAGUUUAAAAUAGAGUCAAUGGCAAGUCCAUACAAAGCUUUUCAGGCGGGAUGGCAUGCAGAAAUAACAGCUAAGAAGUUAGGAAUCAAUUCGUCUUAUAUCAUUGGUGAUUAUAGCUAUGUACUUGUUCGAGUAUCAAGGUUUCGCGAAAGUGCCAAACUGAAAAGGCCAAUAGCACCAAAUCAGCCAAUCGAGGCCGGUGCUCUUGAAAAAAUUAAAAAUAUCACCGUCGGAGAUACAGUUUCGGUAUUACAGUUUAUUGAGAAAUAUGGCAGUCACUAUAUCAGCAGCUAUGUGACAGGCAACUCUUUAUAUCAGGUUUUCGUUUUUAAUAAAAGAAAUUAUCAGCACAUUAAGGAAAAGUUAAAAACUCGUGGGUUUGCGUCGUUAUCAAAGAACGAUCUUUAUAACUUUUUCGCGCCUUGGUUUGCUGAGCAUUUAGGAAGCAUAAGAUGUGCCAGUGGCAAUAGUUCAGUCGAAAGAUGGGCUACGCGGAAGCUGAAACUCAGUUAUUAUUUAUUUACAUACAAUAGUCUGUUAAAAUUGCAUGGAUCGACGACUUUACUGAAAGCACUUGAUGAAUUACUUGGAAAUGAAGCGAUUCUUCAACUAGAAUUAAAAUCACUUGCGGUGGCUAUUAAAGAGCCCGAGAAGAGAAAAUUCUAUCAGGUCAUUCUAGACAAUACUAUUAAAUUAUGGGAAGUCAAUAUGCCAUAACAUAAAUAUGCACAAAUUUUUUUUAUAAUUUUAUUUAAAAUGGACUCAAAUUGAACAAAGCAUCGUCGCACACAUGACCACAAAGUUCAACGAAUAAUUUAAGAACAGUAAUUUAUACGAAAUGAAAAAGAUGGAUGACAUAAAAGUGUAUUUGC